GACGCCGGGCGAACUCGAGCCGAGCCCAACGGCCUCUCCUCGCUGUGGUGACAUUUUCCCUCCUGCCCGGCCGGGGAAGAGGCGACGGCGGCGGCCUGAGGCGACGGAGGGGGCAGGAGGGAGGGAAGCGGGGCCUCCAUGCGCGGACGGGCCCCCUGCGCUGGGCCCGAGGGCGGCGGCGGCGCUGUGAAUUUAAUGAUGGGGCCACACAGUCAGAAUGGCAGCUGUGGACGCUGGAGCAUUGCAUGCGCAGAAAAAGUCCAGCAGUGACAGUGCUACUUGAAGGGUCGCUUUCCUGCUGAAGUUCUAGACAAGCCUCCACCAUCCAUCCAACUCAGCGUCCCAUGAUCUGAGACCAGGGGAGCCUUGGAACUCUGAAAUGAAGAUGGAGGCAGCAGAUAAAGUAGAAGAACUCAUUGGUCCUGAGGUCCCUCCGAAACUCUUGGAAAAGCAGGAGGCGGCUCUGGGCGAAGAGGGACCCAUCGAACUUGAAAUGCCCGGUCAAAAAGAGGGCGAGGCUGUUUCAGAGGACUCCACAGUCUUGGCCUCCAUGCCCUGCUUGCUGAUGGAACUGAGGCGGGACUCGUCGGAAUCUCAGCUCGCGUCCACGGAGAGCGACAAGCCGGCCGCCGGCCGCGUUUACGAGAGUGACUCUUCCAAUCACUGCAUGCUGUCCCCGUCUUCCAGCGGGCACUUGGCUGACUCAGACACGCUGUCCUCUGCAGAAGAGAACCAGCCCAGCCAGGCCGAAGCCACCGCCGAGGGAGAGGCUUCGGCAGUAUCAGGGUCGACCGUAGGAAGGAAGUCCCGGCGGUCCCGGUCGGACGAAACCUCGACCAUGGCCGCCAAGAAAAACCGGCAGUCGAGCGACAAGCAGAACGGGCGCGUCACUAAGGCGAAAGGCCACCGGAGCCAGAAGCACAAAGAGCGGAUCCGGCUGUUGAGGCAGAAGCGGGAGGCGGCCGCCCGCAAGAAGUGGCCAACCUGCCGGGUGCGGUGGACAGUAGGUACUGGGAAGUGGCGAUAGCGACUUUGACCUGGCGCAUCUAGGCACCAGUUCAGUCGGACGACUAUCUAAUGGCUAGUUUCAGGGAGCAGCAAGACAAUCACUGCGGAGAUACCAGGUAGAGGCUGUUUUUUAAACUGAACUGGCGCAGAGCGCCUGCCGCCGUUUCUCAGCUGUCCCGCUAAAUUUAGAAGAGCGGCACUUGAGU